AUGACACCAACCGAUAUGAGCGCCUUCGUCGAGCUAUGGGGCUCCUCGCCCUGCGUGAGCCCCGUCAGCAGCAGCACCAACCUCGUCUGCGACUUCUCGCUCCUCCAGGCUCAUCACAGCGACAUGGCGUUCCUCCAAGACUGGGAGGCGAUGGAGACAAGGACCAUGGCGAACAAGCACGCAGAGGAGGAAAAGGAGGAGGAAAAGGAGGAGGAGUCAGCCAGGCGAUGCAGGCCAAGCCGAGGCGUAGACGGGGAGAGCAAGCAUCACGAGGACUGCGCCCGCGGGGCGAGGGAGGGAAGGUGCAACGCCAGGGACGGAUGCUGUACCGCCCCCAGGGAUGGUGUCGGUCCUCGUGCGGCAGCACAGUCCAGCACUGCCGCUAGCGAUGGCCGUGUGUACGGGCGAGAGAGCUCGAUCCGCAGGGCCGUUGCGAUGGCUGUUACAGGCAACGUGGUGGACCUGUCAGUGAGCUUUGGAGUUCUGCUCCGAGUGUCGGCCACAACUUGA